GAGUGAUCUCUAAAACAGAAUGGAGAAAAGAAGAGGGGAGAAUAAAAAGACGUGCAGAAAAAAGAGAGAAAGUGAGAGAAUAGAAUGGAAAAAGAAGUGACAGAGUGGGAGGGUAUGAAGACAGUUUGAUACAGGAAGAGAAAGGAGAAACGAGGGAGUGAAAAUCAGACAGAGAAAGGAAGAGGGAAUGAAAGAUGUAUUGGGAAACACAGACAGGUGGAUAUUAUGCUUCCUAUUCUCUUUACGUAGGCUGAAUAAUAACGAAAUAUAAACAGAAGUGUCUGAUCACCAGAGAGCUGGACGUUAAACACCUUCAACCAACUAUACGAUUCAUCCAUUGAUAUCAACAACGUCAACACCAUCUCACUGUGUCCACUACAGCUUGUGCGCGUACACACACACACACACACACGCGCCCGACUUAUACAUUUUCAGUUCUGGUAUUUGCAGCGGAAGAGAAAGGAUUUUGAUGUGUUGCAUGGACUGAAGCUAUUUGACUGCAAAGCCUAGCUACUGACGGACUACCACCACCACUAUCACUAUCAUUAACAUCACUUUCAUUAUCGACAAAAGGAGCCAGGCAAUCGGUUCACUCAUUUGUCUGUAUGAAGCAGAGAUCAAUUGGAUGGCCACUAGUGCCGCCCGAAUCAUGUCUACACGGACUGAUCGCUUGGAUGAAUUCCGCUGCGAUGCCCAAGUGGCUGUAGAACUAAGUCAGUUGGCUAGCUGGCCUAUAUUGAACUUUCAAGUUGAUGGAAACUCCCUCAGCUUUAAGUUGAUUGAAAAUAAUGAAGAGAAAAGCUUUAUAUUCAAUGUUUCUGAAGAUUACCCUGAUAACUGCAUUUUAUCCAGCCUAAAUGAUGGCACUUUCCGGCCAGUUUCUUGUCGUGUCCUCAAACUUCUGGAUGCCCUUGUCCAUAAAGAUAAUGUGUUAGUAUCAACACUGAAUACAAUGGAAGUAUCAGAUAUUGGAUAUGAUCUGCAGCUGACAACAGAUGAAAGCUCGGAUUCUUCAGAAAACUCUGAGACCUUUGUCCCAAGUACAGACAGUUCUGAAACGGAGUGUAGUAGUGAUGAGAACAAUGACUUCAUUAUGCAUGAGGAUCUUGAAAUGCUUGAAGAAGUGCAAGUAAAUCCAGCACUUGACAAGGACAUGGAACAAAUAAAAAAUUUAUUUGGUGAAGAAUCCAUAACGUACAGAUUGUUCACCUAUAUUGAUAAUAUAGACGUUGAACUCAAUAUUUAUCCAACAUUUUUGGAGAAAACCGUUGCCGAAGCUUGGAACAUGAGCCGUCAAGAACCUUUAGUUGUUCGUUUAAAUGUUUCUUUGAGUUCUUAUCUGGAUAACCCAGAGAUUCCAAAAGUUGAAGUAUUCCAGCCGUCCAAGAAAGAUCAGCCUUGGGGUAUUGGUUGCCAAAUCAAAAAAAUUGUGGAGACCUUUGUAUCAAAUCAGUGGCGUAAAGUGGCUAACAGAGAUGUACUUAGGGCACAUUCUAUGGCACCAAAAUCUCAGAGUAUGCCUUGCCAUAUUUCUGAUCAUUGUGAACAAUCUACAAGCACAUCAAAUACCGAUCAUUUGUGUCAUCCUUCAAGUAAAUGUAGCAAGAACAAAGAAGACAAUCACAUCCCCUCAAUAACUGAUAGAAAUACAAACUGUCCAAGUCAUGAAAGCAAUAACAACAGCCACCACAAUCAUAACAGCAGUAGUAGCAGUAGCAGCAGCAGCAGUAGUAGCAGCAGCAGUAGCAGUAGCAAUAACAACAACAACAAUAACAACAACAAUGAAAGUGCUCCUUCUGGUGGUGCUGCAGCCAUUUCUUCCAGCCCCUCAACAUUUUCACCAAUCAAAGUGGGCAAGCUCAGCCUCAGUCGGAUUUUGCGGCUUGCCUCUUCAGCAACAGUUCCAAAUCUUAGCCACUCUUUUACAAGAGAUCUUAGUUUGGUCCCAUCAACAACAGCUGAUGGGGAAAGAUCCAAACGGAUUCCUUGCCUAGAGUAUGGAUUUUUAUCUCAGGUUUAUUUGUAUACUCGCCAACGUAUACCAACAUUAAAUGAAUAUUGUGUUGUUUGUGAUCAAGCCCAUUUGUUUCAAAACGGGUCAAUGCUACAGCCUGCUGUCUGUGCUCGAGAGUUGUGUUCUUUUGCUUUCCAAGACCUUGGUGUAAUGAGUACUGCCACCACUGCCAUGGAUACUGGUGCUGAGGUUGUUGACUUGUUAAUAUCAAUGACAAAAGCUGCCUGCAAAUCUAACCGCCGUGAUAUCAUCUUUAACCCUUAUCCUACAAUCAUAGAUCCAGAAAAACCCACAGAGUUUGGCCUUCAUCCUAAGCAUAAAGACUACAAAAAAGUGAAAUCUAUUUUAAAAGUGUUUCCAACAAUGUCAGAGAUGUUAUGGAACUCUGGGAAAGAUUUACAGAAAAUUAUGGAUGAAAGGAACCGUUUAGCUUAUCCAUUGUUGCAAUGGAUUAUCACAAGUAACAGAUCCCAUAUAGUAAAACUGCCUCCAACAGAUCAACUGACAUUUAUGCAUACCAACCACCAGUUUUUACUGCUCAGUGCAGCACCAGCGAAAGAAGAAAUAUUCCGUACAGCAAGAGACAGACAUGGCAGCACAUUUGCUUUCCAUGGUUCAAGUAUUGAGAACUGGCAUUCUAUACUGAGAAUUGGUCUCCUCAAUGCAUCAGGAACAAAAUAUCAGGUGAAUGGUGCAGCCUACGGUAAAGGGAUAUACUUGAGCCCAAUCUCCAGCAUAUCCUUUCGCUAUUCUAAGAUGGGUCAUGGCUUCUACACAUUUCACACAGCUCCAAAUACAACUACUAUACCUCAGCAUAAAAAUAGAUUCUUACAGAGUGAUAACAUAAAUUGUAUAGCCCUAUGUGAAGUUGUCAAAGCUCCUGAGUUGGAAAAACAUGGCAAUGUCUGGGUGUGUACAAAAAGUGAAUAUGUGUGUACUAGAUUUUUCUUUGUGUAUGAAGAUAGCCAAGUUGGCAGCGCUGAAAUUAACACGCAAAGGUCUGGGGUGGAAUCUCAGAUCUUGAAAGCAGUGCAAUGUCGUAUGAAUGCCAUGAGAGACAAGUGACUUCAAUGAUAAUUGUCUUGAUGGUCAAAAAUUGCUGAAACAAACAUGCUUCCCAAUUCAAGCUGUGAUAUCUUCCACUCCCUCCAGCUCAUCCAAGAACCAAUGUUAGUGACUAUCUCAAAAUAUGUCAAUUGAUUGUUUUUUUUUUUUAUCUUUAAAAGAAAGCUAUUAUAACAAAGCAAGUCCAAAGCUAAACAUGAACAAAUAACACAUAUCAUCACCAUAUUCAUUGUCUGGGAAUAAAAACACUAUAACGUGUACAGAUUGAAAGUAAUAAUAUAACCUUUCCUACAGAGUUCUUUUCAUGGUUGUUGAUAAUUUUCAUCAUAUGAUGAACAUUGUAUAGAUUUCUUUGAAUUGUUUUUCCCUUUUUAUAUCAACUAUAGUAUUUAUUAUGUGCAUCAGAAUUCAGACAUUAAUUCUCUUUCCACAAUGUCCUCUACUUUGAAAUGAAACAGUGUAGUGGUAGGUAAUGAAAGAAACACACAGACACACACAAAUAUAUACCUGAAAUAAUGUGUAAUAUAAAAGAGAGAGAAAUGGAUGUUUUCCACGAAACUUUGAAGGAAAAAGUCAACUUCAAACAACAAUGGUAAAAGAUUAACAGCAGCAAGUUAACCUCUGCUGGAUUCUAUAAUUAUGGCAGACAGGAACAAAUAGUUGUUAAGGAAAGAGAAAUUUAGUUUUCAUUGAAACAAAAUUUUAUAAAUGUUCUUGAUAUGAGAAUUUAUGAAAAAAUUUUUAUUCCUUUUCUCUGUUUUUGAAAAGCAUUAUUCUCUGUGAAUAACAUGCAAAAGAUUUCUUCCAUCCUAAUAGAUUAUUCUAACUGUUAAAACAAUAUUCUUCUCUUGGGAAAGAGCAACAUUUCAUAACUACUGCAUUUUGUGAUUCCUCAAUGAAUGAAUAUUUUCACAGAUAUCACUUUGGUAAUAUAACUAUUUUAUCAAGA